AUGUGCUUCUGUAACGUCAUCAACACUAAGGAACGCGUCAAAGGAAAGAAUCUACAAAUUGACGCCAGCAACGCCCCCAUGAGGAAUGAUAUUGCCAUCCUUCGCAAUCUCAAGGGCAAUAUAAAGACUGCUGCGGUCCAAGACGAUAUGGAGGAAGAGCGCGGUUUUGUCGACAAAUUAGACAGUCUUUUCACGAAAGUAGUCAAGAACUUUCAGAAGGACCCCAAAAUCCCCACGCCGUCCGUGUCAGAAAGAGGUAUCAAGAAUGUGAAAGCGUACUUUGGGAAGCUUAAGGCUUCCCAAACUCCGCUCGAGAGAGGCUUUCUUUACGCGACCUUCCUCAUCGUGAUUGUCGGUAUAGUACUAAUGAUGACGCUGUAG